GUCUUUCUGACGGACACCAUCCGCAUCACUACGCAGAAUAAAGAGCGGGACUUCUCCAUGUUUCUGAACCUGGACGAGGUGUUCAAGAUCAUGGAGCAGCUGGCCGACGUGGCGCUCCGCAGGCUGCUGGAUAAUGAGGGCUUUGACCUCGACCCGGGGCUGCAGGAGCCCAGCCAGAUCACCAAGAGGGACCUGGAAGCCAGGGCACAGAACGAGUUCUUCCGGGCCUUCUUCAGGCUGCCGAGGCGGGAGAAGCUGCAUGCCGUCCUGGACUGCUCCCUCUGGACGCCCUUCAGUCGCUGUCACACCGCCGGGCGGAUGUUCACCUCUGACAGUUACAUCUGCUUUGCCAGCAAGGAGGAUGGCUGCUGCAAAGUCAUCCUCCCGCUCAGAGAGGUAGUGAGCAUCGAGAAGAUGGAGGACACGAGUCUGCUGCCCAACCCCAUCAUUGUCAGCAUCCGGAGCAAGAUGGCCUUCCAGUUCAUCGAGCUCAGGGACCGAGACAGCCUGGUGGAGAGCCUGCUCACGAGGCUGAAGCAGGUGCACGCCGACCACCCCGUGCGCUACGACACCUCACGGGAUGAAGACAUGACUUCGCCUGUGUUUCAUUCAACAAGCAUGUGCAGCGACCACAGGUUUGGGGGUCUUGAAAUGGUGUCUUCUCAGAAUAGCGAGGAAAGGGAGAAAGAGACGAGCCCACGGCUCCACCCCGAGGCCCUGGUCACUGCCCCGCGGCAGUCGGGCAGCCAGAGCCUGGACUCGAGAAUGGUGGGUGGCUGGGCUCUGCCCGGGGAGCAUGCCGUCACCGACCUGGCUGCGCAUCCCGGUUACUAUGGUAACCUGGUGGAGGAGUCCAUGGGAAGGUGCUGCCUGGUGACAGAGGAGAUCGAGCGCGACCUGCACCGCUCCUUGCCGGAGCACCCCGCCUUCCAGAACGAGACAGGAAUCGCUGCUUUGAGGAGAGUCCUGACGGCCUACGCCCACCGGAACCCCAAGAUCGGGUACUGCCAGUCCAUGAACAUCCUGACCUCCGUGCUGCUGCUGUACGCCAAGGAGGAGGAGGCCUUCUGGUUGCUGGUUGCCGUGUGUGAGCGGAUGCUGCCCGACUACUUCAACCACCGGGUCAUCGGGGCCCAGGUGGACCAGUCUGUCUUCGAGGAGCUGAUCAGGGAGCAGCUCCCCGAGCUGGCGGAGCACAUGAAGGACCUCUCGGCCCUGGCGUCCAUCUCCCUGUCCUGGUUCCUGACCCUGUUCCUCAGCAUCAUGCCCCUGGAGAGUGCGGUGAAUGUGGUCGACUGCUUCUUCUACGACGGCAUUAAGGCCAUCUUCCAGCUGGGGCUGGCCGUGCUGGAGGCCAACGCCCAGGGCCUGUGCGGCAGCAGGGACGACGGCCAGGCCUUGAUGGUCCUCAGCAGGUUUCUGGAUCACAUUAAGAAUGAGGACAGCCCUGGACCUCCAGUCAGCAGCCACCAUGCCUUUUUCUCCGACGACCAGGAGCCCUGUCCUGUGACUGACAUCGCCGACCUGAUCCGCGACUCCUACGAGAAGUUCGGAGACCAGUCUGUGGCUCAGAUCGAGCACAUGCGCUGCAGACAUCGGAUCAGGGUUCUCCAGGGCCACGAAGAGACCACGAAGCAGAAUGUGCUCCGUGUUGUCAUCCCAGAGGUGUCAGUUCUUCCAGAAGACCUAGAGGAACUCUACGAUUUAUUCAAGAGAGAACACAUGAUGAGCUGCUACUGGGAGCAGCCCAGGCCGGUGGCCCCGCGCCACGACCCCAGCCGGCCCUACGCGGAGCAGUACCGCAUAGACGCCCGGCAGUUCGCACGCCUGUUCCAGCUCGUCUCGCCGUGGACCUGUGGGGCCCACACAGACAUCCUCGCCGAGAGGACUUUCAGGCUCCUGGACGACAACAUGGACCAUCUUAUUGAGUUCAAAGCCUUUGUGAGCUGUCUCGAUAUUAUGUACAAUGGAGAAAUGAAUGAGAAAAUCAAACUGUUAUAUAGGCUUCACAUCCCUCCAGCACUCACUGAAAAUGACCGAGACAGCCAGUCACCAUUGAAGAAUCCUCUGUUGUCAACGUCAAGACCCCUGGUUCUCGGGAAGUCCAAUGGUGAUACAAUUGAUUAUCAGAAACAGCUAAAGCAGAUGAUUAAAGAUUUAGCCAAAGAAAAAGACAAAACUGAGAAGGAGUUGCCUAAAAUGAGCCAGAGAGAAUUUAUCCAGUUCUGUAAAACUUUGUACAGUAUGUUCCACGAAGACCCAGAAGAAAAUGACCUGUAUCAAGCCAUCGCCACAGUGACCACUUUGCUGCUGCAGAUCGGGGAGGUGGGGCAGCGGGGCAGCAGCUCUGGAAGCUGCUCCCAGGAAGGUGGGGAGGAGCUGCAGGCUUCGGCUCCUUCUCCUGAGCAGGACUCGGUUUUCGCUGACGCUGACACAGGGAAGGGUCCCCAGGAGCCCCCCGCAUUUCCUGAAGAGGCCCAAGGGGGCUGGACUGUCUCCCUUGAACAUAUUUUAGCUUCACUUCUGACUGAACAGUCGUUAGUGAACUUUUUUGAAAAGCCACUGGACAUUAAAUCCAAACUUGAAAAUGCCAAGAUCAAUCAGUACAGCCUCAAAACCAUUGAAAUGAGCCGCCAAUCACAGCCCGAACUCAAGCUGAGCGAUCUGUAGCCGGAUGGCAGUGUGCCCCACACCAAAGCACAGACCAGGUUCGUGGGUCGUCAGCCCAUAAAUCCAGAUUUGUCUAAUUCAUUGAGUACACUUUACAAGCUGGGUGUUCGGGUAAGCAACCCGCCGGCACAACUGCGGCCAGGUAAGUGAUGCAACCCUCCAGCGCUUCCGAGUGCAGUUGGGUACUGUCAGCGCUAGAGGGCGCCCAACAUCGCUUCCCUCGAUGCCGCGACUUGCAGUCAGAUUUGCUGAAAUGGGUACUUCUGCUGUGACGCUGGUAUGGUUUUGUUCUCGGAUGGAAUACAAGAAAGUCAGAUGUAUGAUACAGACCCAGAGACCAGCCCAAGCUCUCAGUUUUCACUUGAAUGGGAGGGAUCAAGAAUCAAGUUCACUUUCAAGAUUUAAGAGCCACUAUCUGUGCAAUUGUAUUUGGCUUUUUUUGCACUAAUUUCGUUUCAAUGCUGGUAAUUGAAACCAUUUUAAUAUAUUUGGUUGUAUUCACUUUGUGUCCUUCCAAAAAUGUGUACACAAACCAUGCUUUCAAUGUUGGCCUGAGUUUUUUAAUAAGAAAUUUUUGUAUUGAC